CUCUGCGCGUGGACAGAUCCUACAUACUGGGCAUGAUUGGAAUGCGCUGUCAUGUUGAUUCUUUAAAGUGCGUAUGACUUUUCGCGCUACCAGAUAAACAAUACCUUGUCGUGCGCUCGGACUCUCAGGCAGUUGGUUUCCGUUACAGAUCAAACCUGUGCUAUUGGUUUGCUAUUGGUGGAAUAUACGAUCACGAGUCUACCCAUCUUUGCACAACUUGCCUGAAGCGCCCACUAGAUUCUCGACGGCUAACCUCGGCUGCCACUGCGCUACAGAUACAUCUGACAUCUGCUGAUCAACGGAUAGUAUAUAUAGCCUUUACGCUCCCAUCCAACUUUCAUUUGCUUUCAUCCCCACAAUGCGCGCGUAUUACUUUGACAAUCUCCCUGGCGACCAACGUCUUCCCCAUGAUUCUGCUCGUCCGGUGUCUUUAGACGCUCUGAAAUCUUUGGAUCUUUUGUAUAUGAACAUUCCUGUGGAUGGUUAUGAAGAAAAGAUUGCAACUGUGGCAAAGGAAGGGGAUUACAAGAACCAUGAUGUUAUCAGCAUCUCUAAGGAGGGUUUGGGCGACCAAUAUGAUGCCAAGAUUAAGGCCUUCUACGAAGAACAUAUGCAUGAAGACGACGAACUUCGUUACCUUCUUGCCGGAAGUGGCUACUUUGACAUCCGUGACACCGACGACAACGUGAGAACUGUACGGCUGUUCAAAGAUGUUCCCAAGUGGACCGCUCUUAACCGUGGCCCGGAAACUGAAAACCACCCUAUUCGCGUCGCUUAUUUAAAGAGCCUGGAAACAGUCACGACGGUUUAGUGCGGGAGCUGGAGGACUACUUGUGUAAUUGUGUCUCUAUUGUAUUGGCGUCAAACAUGCAUCCCAGCCUACUAUUCUGGGUGAUCCUUGAUCCAUCUCUUCACGACACGAGGAAGGGGACAGGCGGUGGACUCUCCCAUAUCGUUUGUUUCCUCAUAUAGUUUCAGACAACACAUGUAAAGUUGACGAAGAUGCCGUUGGCAGUUUUCUGGCUUGUAAGUAUGUUUAUUCAAACAGAUUUGAAGUUCGCAUGCUUGAGCCUGACAGGGUGGAGGCGAUGACAUGAUAGUUUUGGUCAAGUUAAAAGGUCGACGUCAUGGGAUACCCAUUCUUACCG